GAGUUUUCAAAUUACAGCGGGAUUUUGAUGUGUACGUCUAUUUGAUUAUGGUUUCUUACUUAAAAUUUUUUAUAGCAAUAAUUCUGAUAAGAACAAAAUUAUUCGCUAAUUGCUGAUCAGAACAUUCAAUUUCUUCAUGGUUCAUUCGAAAUAUAUUAGGGAGUAAUAACUAAAGAUGAAAAAUAUUUCAGUUGCUUUCUGCAUAUUAAAAAAGAGAAUUUAGCAACAUAUAUUUUAUUGAAACAUGGAUGCUAUUUUAAAGCUACAGAAAUUCAAUCCUGAGAAAUUAGUUGAAUUAUGUCGAAUGCAUUUAACCUUCACUUUGGAUUUACAUGAUGAUGAAUUUUCUGCUUUAAUUGAAAAGUGUGAUGAAAAGAAAAAGCCACGUGGUUACUUCAGUCGCUUUUUGAAAGAAAAGUCUAUCACUGAAGUAAUGCCUCUAAAUCAAGAAACUAUAUCCCAUAUUUACCAAAUUAUAGAAUAUUUGGGGAGAGAAAUCAAUAUAUGUAGAGAAGGUUUAUUUCGUAAAACAGGCAGCUUGGCACGACAGAAUGAGCUUAAAACUUUACUUAGAAUUGGAGAGAAUAUUGAUUUUAAUUCUGGACUCUAUACAGUGCAUGACUGUGCUUCUGUUUUAAAAUCCUUUUUAUCAGAAUUGCAGGAACCUUUAUUAUCAGAAGCACAUUAUUCUGCACAUUGCCAAAUAGCAGACAUGAUGAAGGACAACAUGUUACCUAGUCAGAAACAAAAUAUAUUUGAGCGCCAAUUAAAAGCAACAAAGUUGUUGCUGUUAUUAUUACCUGUUGACAAUUAUUGCCUUCUAAAAUAUUUGCUUUUAUUACUCAAUCAGAUACAGAAUUGUCAAGAACAAAAUAAAAUGACAUCUGAGAAUUUAGCUACAUUAUUUGCACCACAUAUCAUUUGCCCACGUAAGAUGACACCUGAAAUGUUAAAACAAAGUUUUCCUCGUAUGGCAAAAUGUAUUACAUUUCUUAUUGAUAAUGCAACUUCAUUAUUUGAACCACCUAAAGAAUUGGUUCAAGAUGUAUUGAUUUAUCUAAAGGAAAUGAAAUAUGAGGGAAUACUGCAAUCUUCGGACAAAGUGAGUCCUGUGAAAACAUUGGUAACCUUUUGUGAACGCACUAAUAUGGAAGUUGCAGAACCUGCUAAUUACACAAAUAAAGCAUUGGCUGAGCUGUAUGCAUAUGUAGAAAGCCUGCCAAAUUCAUCAAAGAAAAGAAAACUGAUUAAAAAGCUACAGGAAGAAAAUAAAGAAGUUAGUACUGAAAAAGUUAAGAAGCAUGUGCGAAGUCGGUCUGUUGGGAAUGCAAUAAAGAGACAUUUACUGAAAAAUUCUCACAAGAAAAAAGAUGAGCUGGAUUAUCGCCAUUCUGCAUAUGAUAUGGCCUUAUCUGUUUCAAAAUCAAUCGAAACAACUUCAUUCAAGUCAAAAUCUUAUGAUGCUUUGGAUUUAGAAGUAAAAGAGCCCAGCAGGUUUGCAGAGAUUAAAAAAAGUAUUUUGCGUUCAUCUAGAAAGAAAGUGCCAAAACUCGAAAAACCUGAUGGGUGAAAUGCAAUACAUAAUAUACAGAAAUUUUUAAUUCCUUUGAUUAAUUGGACAGCUAUCAUAUUUGAGAACAAAAUGUUAUUUUUUGUAUUCAUUGUUAUAUUUAUACAUAUAGUAAAUAAUAUUUGAUAUGAUUGUAUGGUUUUUAAACAAUGUAUAGUUAUUUUUACUCUUGCUCCCUUCACAAUAUUUUUGGUAUUGAAGCCAUCAAUCCAAUAUAUUUUGAUUAAUAGUAGCAAUGAAUAAGGUGAUAACAGAAACACAUAUGUUAAACAACUAUAAGAAAUAUUGUGAUCAGUAGCUUCUCUAAUAUGCAUGUAAAUUCUGUAUCUACGAGGAUAAGUUAGAUGUAUUUAAUUUAACUUUUGA